GCAAGAUUGACCCAAAGGGGGUUCCGUAGAUCUGUGUGACGACAGUUGUUAGGCUACAGUGCUACCUAUGUGACAGGUUCCAGUCGAUUGUUCAUAAACAGUUGGACACAUUAGGAGACUAAAGACAAUAAUUAAAGUUUAUUUUUGUAUCUAUGCUGUAGUUAAGUCUAUGUCGCACACACUGAAGGUAAUUUCGUGUAAUUAGCUCACCUAGCAGGCUAGUGUACGUGAGUUAGCUAGCUAGCUAGCUAACUGGCUGGCUAACGACAACGUCAUAAGGAGAAAAUCGGAAACAAGCGCGUGGGUCUGUCAGUGUUUCUGCACAGUCUAUGGUUAGUGUGUGGGAGUUAUUCCACCAACAGAGCCACAAUGAAUGUCGCUAAAAGUGGUUAUCGCGUCUUUUCCGCCAACUCCUCCGUAGCAUGCACAGAAUUGGCCAAAAAGAUAACAGAGAGGCUGGGAGUUGAACUGGGGAAGUCUGUGGUAUUCCAGGAAUCUAACAGAGAAACAAGAGUGGAUGUGAAAGAAUCAGUUCGUGGACAAACUAUAUUCAUCAUCCAGACGAUACCACGAGAUGUCAACACAGCCAUUAUGGAGCUGCUGGUUAUGGCCUACGCCCUCAAGACCUCUUGUGCAAAGAACAUCAUUGGGGUCAUUCCUUACUUUCCCUACAGCAAACAGUGCAAGAUGAGAAAGAGGGGCUCAAUAGUGAGCAAACUGUUAGCUUCAAUGUUAGCAAAAGCAGGAUUAACACACAUCAUCACUAUGGACUUGCAUCAAAAGGAGAUCCAGGGCUUCUUCAGCUUUCCAGUGGAUAACUUGCGUGCCUCCCCUUUCUUGAUUCAGUACAUCCAAGAAGAGAUUCCUGAUUACAGAAACGCCAUCAUUGUGGCAAAGUCUCCCUCUGCAGCAAAAAGGGCUCAAUCGUAUGCAGAACGCCUGCGUCUGGGUCUGGCUGUGAUUCACGGCGAGGCUCAGUGUUCAGAGUCCGACAUGGCUGAUGGAAGACACUCCCCACCUUGUGUUCGCAACACCACAGGACACACAGGACUGGAGCUUCCUUCAGGCAAACAACAAGCUCCGUUCCCUGGCAUAGAGCUCCCAAUAAUGAUGGCCAAAGAGAAACCUCCUAUUACUGUAGUCGGGGACGUGGGAGGAAGAAUUGCCAUCAUUGUGGACGACAUUAUAGAUGAUGUCGGAGACUUUGUAGCAGCUGCUGAGAUCCUGAAAGAGAGAGGAGCCUAUAAGAUUUAUAUCAUGGCCACGCAUGGUUUACUGUCUGCUGAUGCUCCACGCCUCAUUGAGGAAUCUGCCAUCGAUGAGGUGGUGGUGACCAACACAGUCCCCCAUGAAGUACAGAAGCUACAAUGCCCCAAAAUCAAGACCGUGGACGUCAGCAUGAUAUUGGCCGAGGCCAUCCGCCGCAUCCACAACGGCGAGUCCAUGGCCUACUUGUUCCGCAACAUCACCGUGGACGACUAAAGACGGCCAGAGAGGGCGAGGUGGGUGUGAUAGCGACUGAAAGCAGGUGCACUUCUUCCCAGCGCUGUAAAACAACAUGCUGAUGCCAUGUUCCCUGUUGUUGUGUAUGUGAGGAUGACAUGUAUCCUAAAUCAAUGAAAGAGGUUUAAACAGUAACAAUUACCCAAAGUUAUUUAACGUCUUAUGAAAAAGGUGUAAAAACGUAUUUGAGAAAUGCAUCCUGAUGAAAGAAUGUGAUAAACUAGUGAUAAAACGAGAGACUUUCACCUUUUGAUGCGUUCGGCCAUAUUUUGAAGCCACUCCUCAGUUCACUCUUGCUCUUGUUGCCUUUCCCAACAAAAGAUUCUUUGUAUUUUAAAAAAAUGAUUUUGUCAUUCACUGCGGUACCAACUAAUGACUGAGCUUCAACUGCAAAAGAGAAGAGAAAAAACGUGUCCAGUAACAGGACUUUGCUUCACCAACCAUUUUCUAGUGGCUCUUGCUGGCCCUGCUGACUCAGCACUGUGAUGUCUUUGCAUUUAAAGGGGUUCUGUGUUUGCAACCACAUAGACAACACUGAAACGAGUCCUGCUUAUUGGUGCCCAAUCUAUUUUUUAUGCAGCUUUUUUUUUGCACCAUUUGUGGGAAGUUUGGAUGGUAAAAUGUGACGCAAGAAAUUUCUUAACACCCGUAGAAAUGAAUGGAUGGAACUAAGUUAUAACAAAAUGUAUUUUCCUGCUUACUCUUAGUAGUAUCUAGCCAAAAGGAUAGUUUGAAUUAAAUGCCUGCUGUUUUGAGAAAUCGGCUCGUGUGGCUCCUGCUGUAAGUACACUGGUAUUAAUGGAGUUUAAUAUAAAGCCCUCAAAGCAUCAAUAUUACCAUGUUCGGGAAAAAAAAAGUGAAAUGUGGGUCUCAAAGGUAUUUGAAAAACUCACAGCGAGGUGUGCUGAUUAGACUAAAUUGCAUUCACUUCUACUUUUUUUUCAUCACUAUUUUCAUUAUUUUGUUAUUUGGAUUGACUGACCCUCUAAUUAAAAAAAAAAAUCUCUUGAGCAGCAGACUGAACAUUAAUUUUCUUAGUGUUGAUUGGUGUUGCUUACCUCCAACUAAGUCUAUAACCUUUUUCUAGAUGCAAGCAGUUUUGUUGAUUUUUUUCCCCAGAGAAGUCCAUUAACACACCAGCACACAGUUUGUUUUCUUCCCCGUUGUUUGAGGUACUUUCAAUACUGUCGUGUGCAUAAUUAGCACAGUGUGCAUCGUUAGUAUCAAUGCUUUGGACAACCCUGUUUUGCACUGUAAGGCUCAUGUACACAGUGCUUUACAGCAAGCAAUGUCUUAAAAUUUAAAUGUCAUACCAGCAUUUGAAUGUACCAUAUAAAUGGACUUUUAUUGAUCCAUGCUAUUGGUGCAUCACUUUACAAUGAUAACUUAGACAAAAUUCAACAUGGUGGGCUGCUUGAAAUGGUUUUUGUACAGUGGUAAAGUGAAUGGAAACUGACGGCUGCUUUGAAGAUUGUGCAUGUGCACUAAAAAUAGCUAACUGUAAUCUAAAAGUUGUGCAUUUUCAGCAAACUGACGAAAUAAAAAGCUCUUAUGGGACAGUUCACUCUAACAUCAUAAAAACAUGUUUUUUUGUCUUAUCUGUAAAGAUAAUUAUCAUUCUACAGUAAAUAAAAGAUCUAGAGUGAGAGAGAAAAAACAUUUUUUUUAAUCUUGGGGUGAACUGUCCCUUUAAUGGUCACAAAUUACUGUGUUAUUCCCCUUAAAACCUUGUGCUUUGAACACGCUCUCCUUUUUGUGCUCUUGAGUAAAUUUCAAAGCGAUGCUUAAGAUAAAAUCAGUGUAUUUCUAUGCUGAUUGAGCCUUUUGCUCAGGGAAAUGUACUUAAAAAGCCAAUGCACAAUUAUUUGUUGUAUUUUUGAUGCUUUGUUCCUAAUUCACGUGUUGAUAAAACGUAUGUCUUCCAUACAGCAGUACUGUACACCCUCCAUAUGACUUCUCCUGAUGUGUUAAUGGAUGGGUAUUUGAGAGCUGGAUGCACUCGCUUCUGUUGUAAUGGCACAGAGUUGGAGGGCGUCCAUAUGAAACGCUGUUGCUAUGCAGGCUCCAAUGUUAUCUGUCCUUAGUGUAAUAAUGUCUUCUCUGUAUUCACUGUUCCCCUGAUUUGUCUUAUCUGUGAUAUUGAUGACGUGUGAUUUAGACACCCGACUGUCUAUCUCUACGGCGUUUGUCAAUGUGUGUGAAAAUAAAAUGGUUGCCUCUG